GCUUACUUGCUUACUUACAAAAAGGUUGUAAAUAAAUAAUAAAAGUUAAUUUUCCCCCUGGGAGCAAGGAGCCUUUUUAUCUCUAGUAAAAAAACAUUUAAUUGUUAUAGCACUUAAACAGCACUUGAGACUCUUUACCUAGUGACACGGCAACACACAACUGUAAGAACAACAACAUCAUGUCUUUUUAUAACCACUUUAUGUUCCUGUGUCCUGUCUCUGAUGUUAACCGUGUGGUUUCUGUGUUUCCUUCAGUCUCCCACUAAAGCUGUGUACAACGCGCGGCACUGGGCGGUGGAAAGUGAAGAAGAGGCUCCGCAGACCUACGUCUCUUCGGCUCCUGCUCCAGCAUCAGGAGGAUCCAGUAAGGAUUCAUCAGCGGCUCAUAAGGAUGACGGUCUCUUUAAAGCUCCUCCCCCUCCCCCUAAAGUCACUAAAUGUGUGACCCUCCCCACGGAUCUGUACCAGGACACCGUCACUGCACUCAAGUGCCGCAAAGAGCACAAAGAGCUUUACACCGUGGUGCAGCACGUCAAGCACUUCAACGACGUGGUGGAGUUCGGGGAAAAUCAGGAGUUCACGGACGACUUUGAGUACCUGGCGACGGGUCUGAAGAGCGGACAGCCGCUCAACACACGCUGCCUCAGGUGA